AUGGCAGCUGGUCAGAGGAUGCGUCAGGGCAGCAUUGAUGUAUGGAAGAUCAUCAGCCCCCGCAUUGGUGGGGUGGGGUAUACCAGCUUCAUGUUCACCUCAGAUCCUGAAUGUAUACGGACAACACCCACCACAUACUUCUGGUACCGGCAUGUGCUGAAGGCCACGGAUGAAAUUGCGAUAGAUGGGCUACCAGCCCUGCAUCUCAGUGUCUCUCUCUUUGUGACCUGGUCGAUUAUCUGCAUCUCCAUAAUCAAAGGCCUCAAGUCCAGUUGGAAGGUGAUGUACGUCUCAGUAUUCCUUCCCUGCAUCGUCCUCUUCUGUCUCCUUAUCCGGAGUCUCAUGCUGAAAGGCUCAAUGUUUGGUCUCAAGAUUUUGUUGGCUGCCAAGGUGCCAGCCCUGUACUCGGUGAAAGUGUGGCGCCGGACAGGGAAUCAGCUCUUUUUGUCCCUGGGCUCUGGCUUUGGCAGCUUCACUGCAAUCAGCUCAUAUAUCCCUCGGAACCACAACUGUGUCAUGGAUGCCAUUGCUGUGGCUCUUCUCAACUUGAUGACCUCAGUGACUGCUACGGUGUUUGUAUUUGCCAUAAUGGGCCACGUGGCCACAGAGAAGAACGAAAAAUGUUACCUGACGAAUGCCAAGACAGUGAUGAAUCUGGUAGCUACUGGGGUGCUGUCUCCUGAGUUCCAGUUCCCAGAGAGUCUGUAUCAGCGUAUUGGCUCCAUCUACCCCACGUGGUUCAGCAACCUCUCUGAACAAGUCCAAAGCAUGGUCCUACCCUACUUACACAAUUGUAACUUAGCUGAGCAAUUGAAGGAGGUUAUGGAGGGUCCAGGUGUGACCAUUGUGGCCUUUACUGACAUCAUUUCUCUGUUUUCUGGAUUUACCUUCUGGGCCAUCAUGAUCUUCAUGUUGCUGGUGACCAUGGGGCUGAGCACCAUGAUAGGGAUCAUGCAGGUGGGUGUCUGUGUGCUUAUGUUCCUGGGCAGCCUCAUUUUCGUGGGACCCUCGGGCAGCUACUAUGUGAACCUGCUGGAUGAUUACUGGGUGUCUCUGCCCCUCUUCUUCAUUCUCAUCUUGGAGAACGGGGCCAUGGCCUGGAUCUAUGGGGCCAGGAGAUUGCUUGCAGACCUGAUUAUCAUAUUGGACCGCCCUGUCUCCCCCAUCUAUCGUUGGCUGUGGUACUUUAUAUCUCCGUUUGUACUGCUGGUCCUGUUUGUCAGCACCCUGAUUCAUCUGUAUACAAACACCCUCACCUACUUGGCCUGGAACUCAAGCACUUCAGAUGAAGUGAUCCGAAAUUACCCAUCAUGGGCUGAAGUCUUGCUUGGAGUCCUCAUCGGCAUUACCAUCUUGCCCAUUCCUGCCUACUUCUUCUACACCCUCCUUAAUGUGUCCAUCCCGGUCUCCACGAGCCACAUAUUUGACUGA